AUGGGUAUAAUAGAAGACUCAGAAAGCUUAACAGUACCUUUUACAUGGAGCUUGGACAUUAACGAAGUUAGUAUUUCUCAGUUGUUGGGAUCUGGAGGCUUUGGAUCUGUUUAUGAAGCAAAAUACAAAAACUUAACGGUCGCGUUGAAGCAGUUGCACACAAACACCAAAAACAAGAAAGCAGCAAUGCAGAGCUUUAGAGCAGAAACAAGACCUGAGGUUUUAUCAUUAAGUCAUCGGAAUAUCGUCAAGACUUUAGGAGUUUCGAGUGCCUCCAGUUUGGAUGACAAACCUUGUUUUAUUAUGGAAUUUGUAAGCACAAAAACCCUUCAACAUCUUUUACAUGAUCAAGACGAAGUAUUUGACGAGUGGAGGCGUAUUGAACUUGCAAAUCAAAUUUCUAAAGGAAUGGUUUUUAUUCACCAAAAUGGUAUAGUUCAUCUUGACUUGAAGCCUGUCAAUGUUCUCAUGACAAAUGAUGGUGUUUGUAAGAUUGCAGACUUCGGAUGCUGUCAGUACAUAGAAGACAGUCCUAACACUCCAACCAGAUCUUACCUUACCGGCACUUUUGCAUACCGGGCACCAGAACUCCUAAAAGGAGAAGACCCUACCUACAAAGCAGAUGUAUACUCUUUUGGAAUAUUGCUUUGGCAGUUGUGGUCCAGAGAAAUUCCGUACAAGCUUCAAAACCAUCAAGUUGUUAUUUUCCGGGUAGUGUCAUGUAAUUUACGGCCACCUCUCCCCACGGGAUUUGAGAUUGAUAAUAGAUACAUUGAUCUAAUGACUUCAUCAUGGUCUGGCAAUCCUGAAAAUCGUCCAACUAUGCAAGAUGUUUCAGAUAUACUCGAAAACUGGAGAUAA